UGUGUUCGUUGUGAUGUUUAAAGACGAAAAAAAUGUUGCCUGGCGCGGACGUGGUGAAUGUAAAGGAAACUACUGAAAGCGUCGACAUGAAGUCUGUUAAUGCCUCGAAGUCUUUCAGCACCAAAAAAGCGGAGGGAUGCGUCAGUAUGUGCGGUAUAUGUCCGACCUGCGUCUUUGCCUCCAGUCCUCCGGGUUCCAGUCGGUGUCUGUGGAAGGUGUCGGAUGAGUUCAAGAGGAGGUUCGCGCUGACGCUCCUUUUACGCUGCAGGAGCGUCCAAGUCCUCGAGAACAUCCAAGGUGUGCUGCGUGGCGCGACGUCGUGGACGCUGCACACCUACGCUAGGUCAAGAAGCCCCAUCACACCUCAGGAACACCCCUUACGCUUUUCCCACCAAGGUCAUGAUGGAAAACCCCUGGGAGUGAACGUGAAGGAAAUCUGGAAGUGGUUCAGCAGCAGUCCGGACUGGGUCAAGUCAAGCUACGUUUGCCGUAUUUUUUCACUGUGUGACUCCGAACUUUUACGGAUGGUCGCCAACUUAAUCAACGUGCUCCUGAUCAGACAGAAAAGUGGAUUCCUGGAGUUUAAUGUAAGUAACCACAAUAACAAUCAUGACAAUCAGGAGGAGUCUGAGGACCCUGCUCUAAUGGUAGUGCCGGGAUCCUCCAAGUCUGUGUCUGGGGUCAGCCGACACAGAGACUUCAUAAGCUGCCUACCUGUUGAUCUGUCCAAGAGGAUAUUAGGAAUGUUAGGUGAGCAUACUUUGAUUCAUUGCACGGCAGUUUGUCAAUACUGGGAGCUACUUGCGAAGGAAACCAUGGAGGAAAUGAAAUUCAGAAGAAAUUUUCAGGGCCAAAUUAUUCCCAUGAUAGAGGGGUCCAGCAGUGUUAAUUUUGUGAGUCCUACUUAUGCAAACAUUGUUGAAAUCCCUGUACCAGUAAAGGAUGACAAGGAAGAAGAUAUUUAUUCUACUGUCCACAAGCUCAAGCCAUUUAACUCCGCUUAUGCAAACAUCAGAACCACAGCAGUGCAAAUGGAAGAGCGAAAUGUUUACUGCGGUGCAUAUUUUACCAAAGUGCUGCUGGACAACGAAGAUCCUUAUCGGGUGUUGGACUAUAGAGGAGGACUGCUGCUGGCCACCGGCUCAAAGGACCGUUUGGUGCGUCUGUUUUAUGUGUCAUCAGAAACAGAAGACGUGUCGGUGCUGAAAGGACACGUUGGAAGCAUUCGGGCAGUGCUGCUCUGUGAGGACAGAGAUCUGCUGAUAACCGCGAGCUUUGACACAAGUAUCAGGUGUUGGAACUUGAAGACAGACCGGUGUGACAUGGCGCUGUACGGUCACACUGGCACCGUCAACUGUCUGGAUGCUGAUGCUGAUAAACUUGUCUCAGGAGCUAAAGACUGUGCAGUUAAAGUGUGGUGUCUGCAGACCGGGAAGCCUUUUAAUGGUUUUAAUUUCAAGCACCCCAGUCCUGUCCUAUGUGUAAAGGUCAGCAAAACUACUAUCUACAGCAGCUGUAAACAGGGCCUUGUUAAAAUAUGGGACAUGGAAAAUGCAGCACUCCUCCGGACAAUUGAUGCCCACAGGAGUGCAGUGAAGUGCCUGUUCCUUGACGACUGGCACCUUCUAUCUGGAGACUGCACUGGCAAUGUCAUGGUGUGGAGCAUCAACCAUAAUGUUGAGGAGUGUCUUAUAACAUUCAGCCACCAAAAGGAGGUAAAAUCUCUUACGCUGCUCUACCUUCGUGUUAUUACUGGCUGUGUGGAUGGAAAGAUUCGCAUAUUUAAUUUACUCACUGGUGAUUGUUUAAGAGAGAUCACAGCAGAGACCGGAACAGGUCGUCUCCUGUCCCUGCACUUCCUUGACCAAAGUAUAUUAGUGAACACGAUAUACAGCGUGAAGCUCUUCCAGUUUGCCAAAGUGUUCUGGGAUUAUGCCAGUUCCUCACGGGGAGACCACUGUGAUGUGAUGCCACAGGAUAGUUUGGUUUCUGAGAAAUCUGCAGCUUCUCUCAGAAAGUUUCCUCUUUCCGCUCCUGCGGGAGAUCACGUGGCACAGUUGCCUUCAACCACCCAAAAGAUUCACAGCCAUGACUGUAUGAAGCCAGAGAGAGCCAGAGUGUGCAGUGAGAUUGCUAAACAGUCAGUGAAGCUUAGCGAGAAGGCUGCAACUGAACGGAUAAAGAAGAGAGGCCUUCAUCAUCCUCUGACACGGGACUGCAUCCACCUCCGGGUUAACACUAUCCUGAAGUCUCAGUGCACGGAAGAAGUCAGCAUCAACAUGGAGAGCAAGGCUAGACUGAGAGAUUUGUGGGGUCCUCACACAGCUAAGGCUUCUCUGCACUCAUCUCCAAAACAGAGCAUGCACAUGUGCUCACUGCAGGAAACGCAUGAUGGUCAUCCCAGCAGGGCCAAGACCUGUGUCCCAGUUGUGAAACGAACUAUCACUGAACAUAUGACAAACAAACCACAAGGCAGACAGGUUUCCACUGCCCCUAGGGACACAAAAAGAACCCUAUAGUCUUUACACACUCAGGCCAAUCAAAAGGUGGCCAUAGACUUAUCAAUACAUCUUCAUAAGAUUACAAAUAAAUCCAAAAUGUUACAUAAAAACUAGUCCCAGUUUAUCCAGGAUUAACUCUUUAAGUGGAAAGGAUUCGGACUGCUCAGUGACACUGGUGGAAGCAAAGAGGGAGGUCACACAAAGCACUGACCAAAAACUGUCCAAGAGGCAUACAUUACAAAAUGUGCAUCAAUAAAUGUUGAGCA